AUGUCGGUGAAGAGAAAGAACAUGAUUCUGUAUUCAUGGGAAGAAGAAGCGUUCGCGGAAGAUGUUCGAGGCCCGCUUGGCGGUUUAGUGUGGCCACCGAGGUCUUAUUCUUGUAGCUUUUGUACAAAAGAGUUCAGGUCAGCUCAAGCACUUGGUGGUCACAUGAAUGUUCAUCGGAGAGAAAAAGCCAAGCUCAAGCAAACUGCACCACAAAGUGAAAACCAUAAUGAUCACAAGGCUCUUUGUACUCCUGCAGCCUUAUUCUUUCCUUCAAAACCAGCAUUAUUAGGUCAAGAUAGCAGUUCCGACACUAAUAAGAGUUGUGUUUAUGAUGAAGAUUUAGUGGUUAAUAUUGGGGAUGUUGAUAGAUCGGAUUUGGUUUUAGGGGUUGACUUGGAUUCGGGUUUGAAUAUGGGUGGUAAGCGGCUGAAGACAAAUGAUGAUGUUACACCAGCGAUUAUGUCCGGCGAUUUAGAUCUUGAGCUGAGGCUAUCUAACAUUUACUAG